AUGGAACCACAAACCCUCCCCAGUACGCGAGCAUCCUCUUCCUCCAUCCCUCGUCAAAGAUGGUCUCAACUAUCCUCCAACACACCCCAAGUGCCCGGCCCUGCAACCGCCAACUCACGGCACGACUCCACUACCGCAUAUCGUGCCCCAGCUCUCCGCCAGCGGACUGGUCCCCCGAGAUCCCAGUCUCGAGCAGACCCCUCUGAACAAAGACCGUCAACACCUACCCGCCCCGUCCUCGUUAGAGCGUAUUCAGGCGAGCACAAUAAACCAACGCAACAAUCCACCAUGUCCCGCCGCUUCUUUCCUUUCCCCGGAAACUCUACUCCCCGUCCAUCCCAGGAGAUCAUCUUCCCCUCGGACAAGGACUUCAGUAUCGAAAGUAUACUACAAGCCAUCGAGCCCGAUAUCCGAGGCACGCUAGACUCCAUCGCCGAAAUCUGCGGCCGGAGCAAGCUAAGCCUUGCCAAUGAAUAUGGCAGUCACAUCGCCCCGCUAGGUGAGAUAUGUGCUACACCAAGUGCCCUGAACCCAGUCGAGGAGGUGCGACCUGAACAGGAACGGCUCGAUGAUAGUAUCGUUGUGGGUGAAGAGGGGAAUUUGAAUCUGCAUUUGAAUAUGGAUUUGCCUGAUGCUGCUCGGGAUAUGCAUCCUUUCUCAUUUCAUCGGUAUUUGGAGACUUUGCGACAUACCGCUUCCAUGGGGGAUGGUGCGGAUCGCUUGCCGCAGAGGGAGAUGGAGCGUCCGCGCUCUCCGGGGAUGAAUUCACAGGCGGAGACUGUUUUGGCGGUUCGUGAGGUGCCGCUUGCGCGGGAGUUCGUCUCGAGACCCAGGGGGAGUGGACGGGACCUUUUGGCGGGCACUGUCUGUGGGGAGGGGAGGUCUGUCAAUAUGGCUACGCCGGCUGUUGUGUCGGAGGUGUAUUUGGCGGCCAGUGCGGAUGAUCGGGUUUCUGGUGAUUCUGGUCUGGCUCAGACUGCGAGUAGUGAUGGGGCUGGAAUGGGACGCUCAAGUACGGAGAUUAUUCAUUCUCUGCUUGGGUGGCUGAAAUGGAGUUCGGAUAUUGUUGGUACUCGCUCGAGUCCUGCUUUGCAGUCAGCUGAGGAUAAGCUCAGAGCGAUGUUGGAUCGUGCGGGGAAUCGGGGUGUCGCUUCGACGGCAAGUUGA